AUGCUGGGCCCUCCCGUGAACCUGCCCAAGUGGCUAGAGGAAAACUCGCAUAUGCUCCAGCCACCAAUCAACAACUACUGCGUCUACAACGAUGAUUUCACCGUCAUGAUUGUUGGCGGCCCCAACGCUCGCACUGAUUACCACAUCAACCAGACCCCAGAGUGGUUUUACCAAUACCGCGGCGCAAUGAUGCUCAAAGUCGUCGACGGCGGCACCUUCCGAGACAUCAUCAUCCGCGAGGGUGAUAUGUUUCUGCUGCCACCCAAUACCCCUCACAACCCGGUGCGCUUCGCCAACACAGUGGGCGUUGUUCUCGAGCAGCGCCGCCCCGUAGAGUCCAUCGACCGCAUGCGAUGGUACUGCGCAUCUUGCGACGGCGGUGUUGUAGUCCACGAAGCUGCCUUUCACUGUACCGACCUGGGGACGCAGAUCAAGCAGGCAGUUGAGGACUUUAAGAACGAUGAGGCAAAGAGGCGAUGUGGUGAGUGUGGACAGUUGGCGGACUGGGCUCCGAAGCCGGGCUCCAUACCGGAUCCUAAUCUUGCCGUCUAA